ACGCCAGGGUCUGCCAGGGACUCUCCGCCGCUCGGCCCGGCCGCUUUGCUCGGGGCGCCCCCUGGAGAGUGACAGCCAUUCAAGUCUUAGGAUCCAUCCUCCCCUCCAGUGAAACGUUCUUCCGGUCUCCUGGGUCUCCAUGGAGACGGCCCUUUAACUACCCCCCCCCCCUUCUUCCACCUGUCACUCCUUGCCCUCCACGUGGCUCGGAGAUCGCGGGAGGCUGCCGGGAAGGUGGAGAUGUGGGGGAAGACAGCCAGGCGGGAAGUGGCUACUGUGAAUUCUGUGUAAAUGGGUGUGAAGAAAAAGAAAGACAUCCAAGUAGCUGCAGUGACUCUGUCUUACCAGGAUCUUGAAACUCUGAGAUCUCUUGCUGAUGUGGAAGGGGAAAAUUUGGCCUCUUUGUUGUUACAGUGUGUACAGCUCACGGAUGGAGUGUCACAAAUCCACUAUAUUAAACAGAUUGUGCCUCUCCUGGAGAAGGUGGAGAAAAAUGGCCUGUGUGACCCUACUGUCCAGAGUUGUUUGGAGAUCUUAGCAGCCAUUUAUUUUUCUUUGAGCCUGAAGAACCCACUGAAGAAAGUAUUGGCGAGCUCCCUAAAUGGCCUACCUGAACUUUUUCUAACUGAGGCUAUACACAGUUUUACUUCUCAUCUUCAAGAAGAAUUGAAUACUACUGACCUGUAUGCCUACAGGAAAGUAAUUGAGAACAUAUCUUCCUGUAUGGAGAAUUUCAGCCUGGGUAGAGCCAGUGUUAAUAAUCUGCUCAGAAAUGUGCUUCACUUUCUGCAGAGGAGCCUCACUGAGAUCCUGGAAGACAACAGAAAAUUUGCUGGAAAUCAUAUUGUUCAAACCCAGUUGAUGAAUGACUUGUUGGUAGGCAUUAGAGUUUCAAUGACAUUAGUGCAGAAAGUACAAAGUUUCCAGGGUGAUCUUUGGAAGGCUUCCAGUUCUCCUAUAUGGCAAAGUAUGUGUCGCUUGCUGAGUAUUUUCACCAAGUUUUUAUGUGAUGAUGACCUCUUACAGACCAUUCAGAGCACAUCUGGAUUAGCUGUCAUCCUUUUUAUUAAGACUAUGUUUCAUCCACCUGAAAAGAUUCCUGAGUUGAUCAGCAGUCUGCUUCUCCGCUCAGGGGACUGCAGCGGCUUCCCUGACUGGCUUGUGAGCAGUUGUCCAAGGCUUUGCUGUGCUCAUGUCCCUGGGUCAGCGCUCUUAUUCCUGUGUCAGGGGACGCUCGCCAUGUUGGACUGGCAGGAUGGGGUCAUGGGCCUGAGUGGAGAGGCCCUGCUCUUGGAUACUGCGCAGGUUUUGUUCACCUUGAGUUCACAGAUUAAGGAGUCAACAUUGGGAAUGUUCCUGGCUAGAAUCUUGGCUUCUUGGACUAAUUCUGCACUGCAUAUCCUUGGAUCAAGCUCCCUAAGCCUAAAGCACAGUCUGAGUGGGAACUCAAGAAUAGCUGGGAGACUUUUAGAAUACGUGUACACCCACUGGGAACAUCCACUGGAUGCUCUAAGACACCAAACCAAAAUCAUAUUUAGAAAUCUUCUCCAAAUACACCGGCUCACUAUAGAAGGGGACGAUGUGAUCACUGAUCCUUUCUUUCUGGACUUGACUAAGAGUGUUCUACGAUUGGAAUGGCAUAUUAAAGGAAAGUACGCAUGCCUUGGGUGUUUGGUAGAGUGCAUAGGGAUCGAACAUAUUUUGACAGUAGAUAAAACUAUCCCAUCUCAAAUCUUAGAAGUGAUGGGGGACCAGUCAUUGGUACCAUAUGCUAGUGACCUCUUGGAAACAAUGUUUAAGAAUCACAAGAUUCAUUUGAAAUCCAAAACCAUCAGCGAUACUUGGAUUGAGCAGUGGCAUGAGACUUGGGUUUCUCCUCUCCUGUGUGUACUGUGUGAAGGAAAUCUGGAUCAGAAAUCUUACGUAAUCGAUUAUUACUUGCCAAAAUUGUUGAAUGACAGCCCUGAAAGCUUACGGUACAUGGUAAAGAUUCUUCAGACAUCUAUUGAUGCUAAAACUGGGUCUUAUAGUAGCAGAGGAGCUCUGGGAGCUUUGAUGGCAUGUCUACGAACAGCCAGAGCUCAUGGACAUCUUCAAUCUGCAACUGAUACUUGGGAAACUGUCGUAUCCAGUGCAAGAAUAAAGCAAGGCUUAAUUCACCAGCACUGCCAAGUACGGAUAGAUACAUUAGGCUUGCUUUGUGAAAGUAAUCGGAGCACAGAAAUUGUUUCCGCGGAAGAAAUGCAGUGGGUUCAGUUCUUUGUCACGUACAAUCUGAACAGCCAGUCCCCAGGAGUGCGGCAGCAGAUUUGUUCUCUUCUGAAAAAGUUGUUUUGUAGGAUACAAGAAAGUUCUCAGGUACUUUAUAAAUUGGAGAAAAGUAAAUCCAAACUGGAGCCAGAGAAUGAGUUAGCCAAAGAUCAGCCCUCUGCUUCUUUGCAGCAGUACAAGAAUUUCAUGUCAUCCAUUUGCAGCAUUCUUUUUGAAGCAUUGUGUCCUGGAUCUUCCUAUUCAACUAGAUUUUCAGCUUUAACCAUUUUGGGGUCAAUAGCUGAUGUUUUUCCUGUUUUAGAAGGCGUAGAGCUGUACCUAGCUGCAUGUGUGAGUACCGCUUCAGAAACCCUGAAGAAAACACUGCAGACAACACCGCCAGUGUGCGCCCAUCAUUGUACACCGCGGCCAAGUGCAGUUUAUCGCAGGAACGCAGCUCGGCAGAUGAGAUUGCAGGGCUGGAGCCGUGCUCCUGAUUUGGGUAAUACCUACACAGUGUACCAGCUGAGUCAUGAUAUUGAUGCUGGUCGUUUCCAAAUACUGAUGGAAUGUUUUACCAGCACUUUUGAAGAAGUGAAAAUGUUGGCAUUUGAUCUUCUGAUGAAGUUGUCAGCCACAGUUGUACAGUUUCAGGAUCCCGAGAAACAGCACAGCGUGUUCCAGGCAGCUCUGGAGCUCAGCACUAGCACGAGGCCGUAUGACUGCGUUACGGCCUCCUACCUGCUGAACUUCUUAAUAUGGCAGGACGCUGUGCCGCCAUGCCUGUCUGCCUCCCCAGCCCAGCAGGUCACGUGUGGAAAUGGAGAUAAGUCUGCUGCCGUGGUGGAAAGGAACACGCUAAUGGUUAUCAAGUGCUUGAUAGAAAACCUUGAGGACGAAAUAUCUCAGGCCGAGAACUCUCUCCUGCAGGCAGCAGCGUCCUUUCCAAUGUAUGGGCGAGUCCACUGCGUGACGGAAGCUUUUCGAAAGUUGCCUCUGAACCACUUGCAGCUGGUGAGUGAGUGGAGAGCUGUGGUGGAGAAACUCCUGUUGCUGUCAUACAGGCUGUCUGCGGUGGUGUCGCCGGUCAUUCAGAGCUCCUCCCCGGAGGGCCUCAUCCCUAUGGACACUGAUUCAGAGUCAGCAAGCCGCUUGCAAGUGAUUCUCAGUGAGAUCCAGCCACGAGACACUAAUGAUUACUUCAACCAGGCCAAAACAGUGAAAGAAUGUGAUGUCUUUGAUUUGGAGGACUUGAGUGCCAGUGUGUCAAGUAUUGAAACUUCUGCAGAAACCAAAAGUAAAGGAGGGAAAACAUGUGAUGUAACUGCUCAGAUGGUCCUGGUAUGUUGUUGGCGAAGUAUGAAGGAAGUCGCCUUACUUCUAGGCACAGUAUGCCAACUUCUACCCAUGCGGUCUGUGCCAGAGUGUUCUGAUGGACUGUUGACGGUGGGGCAGGUAAAAGAAAUAGGAGAUUACUUUAAACAGCACCUUUUACAGUCCAGGCACAGAGGAGCAUUUGAACUGGCUUACACUGGUUUUGUGAAGCUCACUGAAAUACUAAACAGGUGCCCUGACGUGAGUCUGCAAACGCUGCCAGAGCAGUGGCUGCGGAGUGUUUUGGAGGAAGUGAAGUGCAGUGAUCCUUCAUCCAAGCUCUGUGCUACAAGGCGCAGCGCUGGAAUCCCUUUCUACAUACAGGCAUUGUUGGCAUCCGAGCCAAAGAAAGGCAAAAUGGAUUUGUUGAAAUUCACAAUGAAGGAGCUGCUCGCUUUGGCUGCGCCCUCAGAUGACCCCCCAAGUGCAGUCCCUCAGGUUCAUGCCUUAAAUAUCCUCAGAGCCUUGUUUAGAGACACACGUCUGGGAGAGAAUAUUAUCCCCUAUGUUGCUGAUGGAGCUAAAGCUGCAAUUCUGGGCUUCACAUCACCCGUCUGGGCAGUGAGAAAUUCAUCUACACUUCUCUUUAGUUCCUUGAUCACAAGAACUUUUGGAGUUAAAAGGGGAAAGGAUGAACUUUCCAAAACAAACAGAAUGACAGGCAGAGAGUUCUUCUCUCGUUUCCCAGAACUGUAUCCCUUUCUUCUCAGACAGUUGGAAGCUGCGGCCAGUACAGUGGACAGUGAGAUGGAAGGGCCAGAUCGUCACCCAAGCAUGUUCCUCUUGCUUUUGAUAUUGGAGAGACUCUACCCAUCCCCGAUGGAUGGCACAUCUUCUGCGCUCAGCCUGGCACCUUUUGUUCCUUUCAUUAUCAGGUGUGGCCGCUCACCUAUCUACCGCUCUCGCGAAAUGGCAGCUCGCACCUUGGUCCCUUUCCUUAUGAGAGACCAGAUUCCCAGCACCAUCCGAGCUCUGCUGGCCACGCUCCCCAGUAGCACUGACCAGUGUUUCCGGCAGAACCAUAUUCAUGGGACGCUUCUUCAGGUUUUUCAUUUGUUACAAGCCUAUACAGACUCCAAGCACAGAAUGAAUUCAGACUUUCAGCAGGAACUGACUGACAUCACUGUUUGUACCAAAGCCAAACUCUGGCUGGCCAAGAGGCAAAAUCCAUGUUUGGUGACCAGAGCUGUAUACAUUGAUAUCCUCACCCUGUUGACUUCCUGCCUGGACAGACCCACAAAGAGCAAGCCACCAGUCCUGGAGCAUCUUGACUUUUGGGAAGAUGUAAGAGAGCUCAUCACAGAGUCAGAGCUGAUCACAGGGUUCCCCUGGACCUUCAAGGUGCCAGGCCUACCCCAGUACCUGCAGAGUCUCACCAAACUAGCCAUCCCCGAAGUGUGGGCCAUGCUGACCGAGGCCGAGGGUCCCGCGAGCAGCAUUCCAGUCUCCUUCUCCCGGCUUCUGCAGUCUGCCUUUCCGGAGGUGCGCUUGCUAACCCUGGACACCCUGCUGGAAAGGGCAGCAGCCCCUGCGUUGGGCGAGAAGGGGCUGCCUUCCCUGCUGGGAAGUAUGCGAGAGGAGCUCUUGCUGCUGGCAAUGAAGGAGAGCCACCCAGGAUGCUUCUGCAAGGUCUUGAAGAUUCUCCAUUGUAUGGACCCCAGUGAGUGGCUUCCCCAUACAGAACGCUGUGUCCACUUGACUCCAAAGCAGUUCCUGAUCUGGACUAUGGAUAUUGCUUCCAGUGACAGAUCGGAAAUCCAAAGUGUGGCUCUAAGACUUGCCUCCAAAGUGAUUGCCUACCUCGUGCAGACAUGUCAGGAGAGCCAGGACUCCAUAGUCCCCGAGCUGAAGCAGUGGGUCCAGCUGGUCAUCUGGUCCUGUGCAGACCACCUUCCCUCCGAGUCCAGGCUGGCUGUCGCUGAAGUCCUCACCAGUACCACACCACUGUUCCUCACCAAGCCCCGCCCGGUGCUGGAGUUGCAGGACACACUUGCUCUCUGGAAGUGUGUCCUCACCCUCCUGCAGAGUGAGGAGCAAGCUGUCAGAGAUGCAGCCACGGAGACUGUGACAACAGCCAUGUCACAAGCAAAUACUUGCCAGUCAACAGAGUUCGCCUUCUGCCAGGUGGAUGCCUCCAUUGCUCUGGUCCUGGCCUUGGAUGUCCUGUGUGAUUUGCUCCAGCAGUGGGACCAGCUGACGCCAGCACUGCCCAUCCUCCUGGGAUGGCUGCUGAGGGAGGAUGACGGCCUUGAGGACUUGCUCCACAGCACACAUCAGGGGGAAGACGACUAUGUAUUUGAAAAAUCAGAAGUCAAUUUCUGGGCUGAAACCCUGACCUUUGUGAAGCACCUCUCCAGGCACCUCUUCCAGCUCUUCGGAGAGAGCGGCUGGCGGCCCUCUCACCCCGGGGCGCUCAGCCCCCUGCAGAGGACCGCAUCCGAGCAGCGCCGGCUCCUCUCGCAGCUCUCCAGCGAGCUCCCGCUCUCCGCAGAGUUUGUGAAAACGGCCGAGUACACGCGACUGCGCAUUCAGGAGCAAAGGACCGAGGCCGGCCUGCGGCUGCUCGCCCUGCUGGAUGCAAAGGCCAGCGCCCAGGACCCAGUCUCCUAACCGCCCCAAGAAUCCAAGCGGCCUGUUGACCAGAGAAGGCUGCAGCAGUUCCCCACCAAACAAACACGUUGGACAUGCAUGGAAACCUCACACUUGUUGGGAGUGUAGGCCUCUAUCACUCCCUGCGGAGGGCCUUUUCUUCAUUCAUUCAUUCAAGGCAGGCGGGCUUGGGGCUUACUGCAGCUACUGUAGGAAGUGAGGCCAGCCGCGGUGAAUAUUUACUCUGUCCCCAGGUGCAGGCCACCUGCAGGCUUGAGUUAGCCUUGGCAGCCCCAGAGCCCGGUUCUGGAGUGCCCUCGUGCUCUGGUGAUCUGGGGGCCGCACAUAGGAGCCAGAGUUGGCAGACAGCCCAUUUGUUCAGAUUUCUAAAUUUCAUUCCAUUUAGCAAAGCAGAAAUAUGUCCCAAAAGUUGGAUUGUUGGAGAACUAAAUAAGAAUCAACCUCAUGCAAAUAUUUCGGUUUAAUUCAUGUGUCCGUAACUUCAGAGUAGAGUACAUCCUACCAGCCCAGCGUGGUGGUGCACGCUUUUAAUCCCAGCACUUGGGAGGCAGAGGUAGGAGGAUCGCAGUGAGUUCAAGGCCACCCUGAGACCACACAGUUAACUCCAGAUCAGUGUGGGCUAGAGAGAGAGAGAGAGAGACCUCAGAAAAACCAAAACAAAACAAGAGUACCUCCUGUCUCUCUAAGAAACACUUUGUAAGUCUAGGAAACCUGAUUUUGCCACCCAGCAUAUACCCUGGCUACUGGAAGGAGCCUGGAGAAAGCAAGCCAGAAAAAAAACGCCUGAUUCAUUUGAUAUCUACACCAUUUGCCAUCCUGUGCUUGGCAGAAGUAACAAGCAGAUUCACAUUUAAUGUGCCAGUAAACACAUUUAUUCAUUUCAGUGACUGAUACCAUCUAAAACCCUAAGUGCUGAUUCUCCCAACCGAGCCGGACUGUUGCUCAAAUAUCCAGCAGGUGGCGCUCUUGCACACAGUUUGCAUUUGAAUUUAAUUAGUUUACCAUUGUGCAUGUAUACUUUUCAGAGUUAAGUGUCGCCCAUAGAUAGUUACAUGAACAUUCAUAGCUUGGAUGGGUCAUAGCUUUGUCCACAGUCAUAUUUCAUCCAGCUUAUCUGAAAGGUCUGUAUCAGGCGAAGCAGUGCAAACUUGCAGGGCCUGUAAAUGUUUAAAUUCUACUCAGGUGAGGACGUGGUCACUUAGAAUUACUGGUUGGGGGGGGGCGGAGACAGGUUAGAGAUGAGAGUUCAACAUGAUAGUUCCUUCCACAGAGAAGCUUAAGAUUUCAAAUGUAGCUGGUCUUUGAGAGAAGAACCACCCGACGCUGUAAAGACGGGGCCGUAAGGGAAAUAUACAGAAGGCACCGCAGGAAGAGGAGGAAAGAAAUCAACUUGGUGUCCAAAGCGACAUCUGAAAGAGAACGGGAAAGUCCCUGGGUAGUUUUUGCAGCAAUUCAGCCCCAAAUGUGGUUUGUGUGAUCUUGAAUCAACUAUCUAGUUAGGCAUCUUAGUAGCCCACACCUGAUAGGAAAGUGCCACCCUAACACUUUUUUGGUUUGUUUUGGUUUUGUUGAGACAAAGCUUAACUAUGUAGAUUUGGCUAGUCGGAAACCAGACUGCUCUCCAGCGAUCCCCCCUUCUGCUCCUGAGGCAUCUGCCUUCCUGUAGUAAACCAGCACAGCCAGAGUGCCUGCUCUAGCCCAGGCCGCCCUCCGACUCACAGCAGUCCUACUUCGCCCCCCAAGUGCUGGGAUUAAAGGUGUGCACCACUA